AUGGAACAAGCCGCAAUGGACAAGCCCCGUCCAGGUGAAGGGCAAAAGACGCAUAUCACACACUUGCCCAUUACGUUGACAAACUGGUACAAGCAUUUGAAUUGGCCGGGGAUCGGCCUGACGAUUCUGGUCCCCUUGCACGGCUUCUUGCUGGCACCUCAUACGCCGCUGCAAUGGAGAACCGCUAUCUGGUCCGUGAUGUAUUACUUUUGGACGGGCUUUGGGAUUACAGCUGAUAUUUACACUCACACACUCGCAAUCGAUGAAGGUUAUCAUCGCCUGUGGUCACAUUCCUCCUACCGCGCGACCAAGCUAUUGAAGGUAUUAUUAGCCCUGAUUGGGGGCGGUGCGGGCGAGGGAUCAAUCCUGUGGUGGGCUCGAGACCACCGCGCCCAUCACCGGUUCACAGAUACCACGGGCGAUCCGUAUUCGGUGCACAAGGGCCUCCUGUAUGCGCACAUGGGAUGGUUAAUCAUGAAGCAGGACCCCAAGCGUAUCGGGCGGACCGACAUCAGCGAUCUGAAGGCCGACGCGGUGGUGAUGUGGCAACAUCGGAAUUACGUCGCGAUCGUGGUGACGAUGGCAUUCCUAUUUCCUACGCUGGUCAGCGGCGUGGGUUGGGGGGACUGGAAAGGGGGAUUCGUGUACGCGGGGAUCCUACGCAUGCUGUUCGUGCACCAGGCAACUUUCUGCGUCAAUUCGCUAGCUCACUGGCUGGGAGAGCAGCCAUUCGACGACCGUCGCUCACCGCGAGAUCAUUUUCUCACGGCGCUGCUCGCCCUCGGAGAGGGAUACCAUAAUUUCCACCAUGGGUUCCCGUCGGACUAUCGGAACGCUACGGAAUGGUGGCAGUAUGACCCCACGAAGUGGGUUAUCUGGGCAUGGGCUCGGCUGGGUCUUGCCUACGACCUGAAAAGGUUCCCAGCGAAAGAGGUCCAGAAAUGUCGUCUACAGCAGCGGAAGGUCCGUCUGGAUAAACAAAUGGCGGACUUCAACUGGGGGCCACCGCUGGAAGACCUGCCCGUUAUCGGGUGGAAGCAAUUUUUCGAGCAGGCUUCCACGAUGGGACGGUCUUGGACUGUUGUAUCUGGUAUCGUACAUGAUGUCUCUGGCUUUAUCGAUGAACAUCCUGGGGGUCGAGCCAUGAUCAAAGGCGGAAUAGGCAAGGAUGCCAGUGCCAUGUUUCAGGGCGGAGUCUACCUGCACUCUAGGUACGCUCACCAGAAGUUGGCUCAGAUGCGUGUGGCGGUGAUACAUGACCCAAGCGCUUCAGAACUGGCAGAGAGUCAGGAUUAA